AUGGGUGCCACACACAGUUCCCAGUAUGAUCGAAGCGGGAAAAAGAAUGCCACCAGCUUGGCGAUCAGUAAGCCUCACAUUUUUUGUCUGCCCAGCCUCAACCUCCGACUACCCGGCAUGCUGCGCAAGCUCCGUCGCAGCUUAACAAAUCGUUUACGCCUGCGCCUAAGACGUCGGAAAGGACAUAAUGGAAGCAAAUCAAGUGCUCGGAAGCUGACACGGAAAACCUCAAGUGCCGCACUACUUCGUCCCAUGCCACGGUGCAGCUCGUUCGGCUCCUGCGGCACGCUACUGACGCCCACCAAGCUCAACAAGAUGUCCAAGGCCGACUGCCGCUAUGCUCAGUGGAAGUGCAUGUUCGAGGAUCCGGAUUCCAGUCCGGCGCCGUUACUAAUGCGCCGACCGCAUGACAUCAGCGAAGCUUUGUCGGGACAGACAACGCCCCGGGGCUUUCCCUCCCAUACGGAUGCACGUCAGUGGCAGCAACAGCAGAACCCAGCUGAACCGCUCUACGAUUUUGUUGGCGAGAUUAAGGUGCGGCGUCGUCUCUCCUUUCGUCUGCCCAAGCUUAACACCGAGCAGGGCAGCAUGCGGCGACCAACGGCGCGUCAAAGAGCGGCGCAGGCUCAGCUGGAGGCGCAACUGAAGCGCGACCUCUGCGACCUGGAGGAAUACUACGGCGGUUUCUACUUCACGCGCCAGCCAGGCGAGCGAAUGGUGCUCAUUUAG